AUGCAUCGGCUACGAGAAGCCGGUCGAUGCUCAAGUGCAGCCCCUUCCGAAACCUCUGGAUCGACGUCACCCGAACGUGCCGCCGAUGAUGACACCGAUUUCUUCAUGGCCCAGGCCAACGACUCGCAAUCCUCCAUUGGUGUGGCCAAUUUCCGCGAUUCUCGACUGUCAAGUGAACUAUCCGAGCCACUGCCGCCGAUCGGCCGCCUCCCACCCGAGAUUCUGAUCGCGAUCUUCUCGAAAUUGGUUGCGCCCUCAGAUAUGCUGAAUUCCAUGCUGGUGUGUCGAGGAUGGGCUGCGAACUCCGUAGGGAUACUGUGGCAUCGGCCGAGUUGCAACACCUGGGCCAACGUGAGAAGCGUGACUACAUCGUUGGGGAAACCGGACAGUCUUUUCAACUACGCAGACCUUAUCAAGAGAUUGAAUCUAUCUGCUCUGUCAGAUGAUGUCAGCGAUGGAACCAUUCUCUCUUUCAACCAGUGCAAGCGGAUUGAGCGGUUGACGUUGACAAGCUGCAAGAACUUGACGGAUAAGGGCGUGUCGGACUUGGUGGAGGGGAACCGGCAUUUGCAGGCGCUGGAUGUUUCAGAAUUGCGACACCUUACAGACCACACCCUCGCUACGGUGUCUAGAGACUGUCCUCGUCUGCAAGGCCUUAACAUCACAGGAUGUUCAAAAGUCACCGACGACGCUUUGCUCAUUGUAUCACAGAAGUGCCGUCAAAUCAAAAGGUUGAAACUCAAUGGAGUUUCUAAUGUCUCAGACCGGGCAAUUCAGUCCUUUGCCGAGAACUGCCCAUCUAUACUGGAAAUCGACUUGCAUGACUGCAAACUUGUCACUAGCAUAUCAGUGACUCCGUUGCUCACGACACUGCGGCAUCUCCGAGAACUGAGGCUUGCGCACUGUACUGAAGUUGACGACAAUGCGUUCCUGUCGUUACCUCCUCAAAUGACAUUUGACAGCCUUCGUAUCCUGGAUCUCACCGCAUGCGAGAACGUCAGGGACGACUCGGUGGAGCGAAUCGUGCGUGCAGCUCCUCGUUUGCGGAAUCUGGUUGGGAAAGAAUCUCCACUAUGUGCACCUGGGGCACUGUUCGAACAUUUCGGACUCGGCCGUGAUAAACCUGGUCAAGUCCUGCAACCGCAUUCGCAAUUGGCAACCUUGCCGAAGCUUCGAAGAAUCGGGCUCGUCAAAUGUCAGGCUAUCACCGACCAGAGUAUAUUAGCUUUGGCACGGCCCAAAAUGGGCCAUCAUCCUUCCGUCAGCAGUCUAGAGCGUGUGCACCUGAGCUAUUGCGUUCAGUUGAGAAUGAAGGGCAUUCAUGCUUUGCUAAAUAGCUGCCCACGCCUGACUCAUUUGAGUUUGACUGGCGUACAAGAGUUCCUGCGAGAAAACCUCACUGCAUUCUGCCGAGAAGCGCCCCCAGAGUUCACGCAACAACAACGGGACGUCUUCUGUGUGUUCAGCGGUGAUGGUGUCAAUCGACUUCGGGACCACUUGAACCGAAGUGAACCACAAUUCCAUGAAGAAGCCGAAGCUACGAUGUACGAUGACGACGAAGAACUGGACGAAGAUGAAGGCCAGAUGGCUGGGCUGAUGAACGCAACUGUCAUCAACGACGGAGACGAUGAUUAUAUCGACGUUGGGCCUUUGAAUACUUGA